AGACCUAAAAAGAGACAUUCCAUUCAUAAUUCCUCUUCAUUCAUUAAUGUGGAUAGUCUACUGGAGGCAUCACUAGUCUCACUAUCAUCACCUAUCACUAGGCAGGGGCUAAGAGAAGGAGGUAUUAGGAGACAAUCAACACUAGCCACUGCUUCAAUAGCCACACCCACUCAAUCCGGCCCCACUGUUACCACGGCAACAGAAGGGGGCGGGGCAGUUCCCAAUAAACAAGACAUGGCCAGAUACCACAUUGUCAAAGAACUACUAACGACAGAAAAAAAUUUUGUAAAAAUUCUCAACGUAAUUGUCAAUGAGUUUAUGAAGCCGCUAGGUACUCCAGGACAGAGAGGAGGGCAGUUACUGACUAACGAGAAUGUUAAAAGUAUUUUUGGUAAUAUUCCUGAUAUACUGAGAGUACACACUGAUAUAAUGAAUGGACUGGAGGAAAGGAUUAAUAAUUGGGAGAGCAAUACUUGUAUAGGAGACAUACUACUAGGACAGUCUGAGGAGUUAUUACGUGUGUAUCCUCCAUAUAUAAAUUAUUUUGAAGUCACUAAGGAGGCUCUCAGUUCCUGUGAUCGUCAGUUCCCAAGGUUUCAUGCUUUCCUUAAGUGUAAUGAGUCCAAACCAGAGUGUGGCCGCCAGACACUAUCAGAACUACUGAUAACACCAGUACAAAGAAUACCAAGGAUCAUAUUAUUACUACAAGGUACAAUAUAA